UCCCAAUUUUUCUCUCUCAUUUUCUCAUUCAUUUUCCUAUGGCCAAACACCUCCAGGAACUCCAAGAAUCCGACGUUAUUUUCCCCGACCACGUCAGCAACGACAGUUGUUGCCAAGAAAUGGAUCGUCGUACCACACGCGGCGCGUCGUACGAGUACUGCGAGAAGAAGGAGAAGAGAAUGGCAAACUCGGUGCCUGUAAAUAUUCCGGAUAGGUAUAGCAUAUUCCGCCGGACGGAUAGCGAUGACCUGGAAGAGGAAUCGGAUGACGGGGAAGUGGUGCCGCCACAUGUCAUCAUUGGGCGGAGAAUCGCCGGGAAAAUGGCCUUCUCGGUGUGCACCGGCAACGGGAGAACCCUCAAGGGCCGGGAUUUAAGCCAAGUUCGAAAUUCAAUUCUUAGGAUGACUGGGUUUUUAGAAACGUGACCAUUGAUUGAAUCCAUAUAACCAUGACGUAUAAGCCAUGUUUACGGCUCCCUUUUUUUUUUUUUUAAGAAGUGAAAGGAAAAAUCAGAGUGAAAAAGGAAAUAUAUUUUCCACUUGUUCCUAUUUCUAUUUAUAUAUAUAUAUAAUUUUUUUUAGUGAUUUGGGACUAUCAUUCAUUGUAAAUAGAAAAUAAA